UAACACCGUCCGCCUCUCCGGCUCUCUGUCUGCUGAGACCGCCGUCAUAUUGGCUGCUAGAGCAGCAGCGACCACGGCAGAAAAGAAGACCCCCACCAUGGUGAAGAACGGGUUCUCGCGGCGCCUAGAGAAUGAUUUACCUUUUUAAAUCAUUUUGAUUAGUAUUUAGCGAAUUAUUAUUGAACUAUUCGGGAUGAUACCAUCAAGUAUCCGCGUACCUUUAGUGCUUUCAUCCGACACUGUGGUCCACAAGGGGGAUGUAUGCCUGACUUCUCUUAAUAGCCAUUUUCUGCAGACAAAGAGAGCUGUUGAAUAGAGCUUUCAAAAGGCACGAGGGUCCCAGGGGCUCCUAUUGAUGAAGAAAGUGGGCAACAUGUGGAGCAACCUGAAGAGCAAAUGCCAGACACUCUUUCACAACAACGGUUCGAGUGAAAGCAGGGUUGAGGCCGAUGCCGUCCACUGUGUCGUGGAUCUUGGCCAAGGAGGCAGCUCAGGUGAGGCUCAGGCACCAGGAGCCUCCAGCCCAUCACGGAGCCUCCUGCCAGCGCCGAUGGUACCAGCAGGACGCCGCCAUCACAACUGCGUGUCGGACAGCCCUCAGAUAGUAGAGAUUGCAAUCGACAAGGACACUGAGGAUGUGCGGGGGAGAACAGGGGGUGUUCCCCUGGCCCGGAGAGACUCCUAUUCCCGUCAUGCUCCAUGGGGGGGCAAGAAAAAACACUCGUGUUCCACCAAAACCCAGAGCUCUCUGGAGGCAGAUAGGCGGUCUGGGCGCUUACGGGGGAAUGGAAACCGUAGGGACAGGCGUUACGGAGUCAGCUCCAUUCAGGAGAUGAGCGACUCUGUAUCUGGAGGACGCAGUCUGACUGCUCGGUCUUUGCGCCAGCGGCUAAGUGAUACAGUGGGGCUAUGCUUGCCCCUGCCUGCUCGCAGACGCUCCCGCUCAUCUAAGAACCCCGUCAUGUCCAAACGUAAGAUUCACCUGACGGAGCUCAUGCUGGAGACCUGCCCCUUCCCACCAGGCUCAGACCUUGCUCACAAGUGGCACUUGAUCAAGCAACACACGGCGCCGGUCAGCCCGCAUUCCUCCACUGCCCUGCUGGAUGCCUUCGACCCGGCCCACCCCUCUCCUGAGGAUGAGGAGGAACGUCUGCGCGAGCGCCGCAGACUUAGCAUCGAGGAAGGUGUGGACCCACCACCUAAUGCACAGAUCCACACCCUGGAGGCCUCAGUGCCGGGCUCCUCUCUCUACAAACUGGGACCAAAGAUGGCUCCUGGCAUGGGAGAGGCCUCUGGGGAAGGCCGGCCCUCAGGGGCUGGCAGCUCUGCGGGUGCUGGGUCGUCAGGGGCCUGUGGGCAGGUGUUGGGGGCUGCAGCGUCAGCCCAGGACUGUGACUCCGAGGAGGAUUCCACCACCCUCUGUCUGCAGGCCAGGAGGCCCAAGCAGAGGCACGCCUCUGGGGAUGGUCACCUGAGCCGGCAGCAACCUGGUCCCUGGAAGGUUCACACUCAGAUUGACUAUAUCCACUGCCUGGUGCCGGACCUAUUGCAGAUCACCGCUCUGCCCUGCUACUGGGGAGUGAUGGACCGCUACGAGGCUGAGGCGCUGCUGGAUGGGCGGCCAGAGGGCACUUUCCUGCUACGUGACUCAGCCCAGGAGGACUACCUCUUCUCCGUUAGCUUCCGCCGUUACAACCGCUCGCUGCACGCCCGCAUCGAGCAGUGGAACCACAACUUCAGCUUUGACGCUCACGACCCUUGCGUUUUCCAUUCUUCCACCGUCACAGGACUGCUGGAGCACUACAAGGACCCCAGCGCCUGCAUGUUUUUUGAACCGCUGCUUACAGCGCCUCUCCAUCGGACCUUUCCCUUUGGCCUGCAGCACCUGGCACGAGCUGCCAUCUGCCGCUGGACCACUUACGAUGGUAUAGGCUCUCUGCCGCUGCCCCCUGCCCUGCAGGACUUCCUCAAGGAGUAUCACUAUAAACAGAAAGUACGAGUUCGCUGGCUGGAGAGGGAACCGCCACUCAAGGUCAAAUAGGGUGGGCUUCUCCAUUGCCUGUAUACACACUGCAGGAGGAUUACAGAACUUAAUAAAUUCCUCAUUAGCCAGUUAGAGGCUAUAGUGACAUGGCCCUCUUUCUGAUGGGGGAUGGAAUUCAUGUAACAAGCUAUACAAGAUUCAUUCUAAUCUUUGUUUUAGUUAUUACUUACAUCACAGAAAAAAAAAACAUAUGAUUAUAUUCAGUAUAACGCUGUCUGGCAAGCACAUGUCUUUGUGUUGAACAGGUUGUUUUGACGGGAAGGAAAGGCACAAAUAUCAGUGCUUUGUGUCUUUUCUCUCCUGCUUUGUGCUAAAUGUCUGCCUGAUCCCACAACAUCACCCUGCCUGCAUGCCUCCUCUAUUCAUCCCAAAUUGCUAGUUAGGCCCACAUUGGCUACAUUGUACAGUUCACUUUUUUUUUUCCUCUUCCUUAGCUUCUCAAAGCACCUAGUGGAGCACCUCGCAAGAGGGUGUGUGUGAUCUGGAGAUGCUAUUGUUAUAUUGCAGUCAGAGCUUGCCCAUGGAUAGAGCUACAUAAGGCACAUUCUUUGCUAUCUCUUUGCACGCAUGGGCAUCAGCUUAGCCAGGGACAGAUUCUAAGAGGGUCCAUAGAGUUCAGGACAGCACAUCAGGGAUAUGAAGUGCUUUCUAAGGCCUAUAGAUUAGUCCUUAAAAAAACAGUAGUUUUUCCUUAAGCAGUAAUGGUGAAUGAUGAAUCUAUCUACUGUGUCUAUCUAUUUAGUGAGCAAGCUGAACUUGUCAACUUUAUUCCCAUAGUGCGGCAUUGCUUUCAAAACAGAAUAUUUUCUUACAAUCUGUCCCUCCUAUCAAUUCUUGCCAUUGUUACACUUCUCGCAGCAGUCUGUCAGUCAUUGGUCUUGGCCACAUACACUUAUGCACACAGUUCAUUUUCAUCCCUAGGGUAACAUUUGAGCAGCCUGGUGUUUUUAUGGAAUUGUGUUAUGGCUUAAUAGUGUUUAGUUUUACCCCUGCGUCCUUUUAUUUAGUAUCUUUUGGUGGCAUCUGGUAUACAGAAAGCUUUUACCCUGUGUAUCCCACUUGGUAAUUUUUUCUUCACUAGAUACUUGCAGCUAAGUCUUUUCAGAGGAAUUGAGGGCAUGUGUGAAAAGCUUUAGGUGAAGACAGAAGAUGAAAAUUCAAAACGUCAGUGUCCCUUUAAACACGACUGUGAAUUGAUCCAUUCUUAAGGCUUGUUUGAGAAUGGGCUGUUUCAUGGGAGACCACAUAUAGUCAAAGAUCAGAAAUGGGGAGCACAGCUAAUCUCUCGUGAUACUUCAAAGACUUAACAAGAACCAUGUUAAAAUGUGUUGAGCUGUUUUUAUGUAGAGCCCUGUGUCAACAGGAAAGAAGUGACGUAGCCACUUUACAACUUUUAUAACUAUAAGGUCUCAACCCCAACAAAUUCCCUCAUUGCCCGGUUGCUUUGCUAGUCAUAGUUCUAGCACUGAGUACAGGCAACACUUAACUCUCAAGAGGUUGGCAUAUCCUUGAGAGCUUUAGUUAUGUAAUUUGAAUGAUUUUAGUUGUUCCUUAGGACAAAAGCAAUGCUGGCUAGCCAGUCAUUUCUUUUGUGUUCUCAUUGUGAAGAGAAAAUAAGUAGAACCUAUGUGCCUUUUUUUUUAGAGAACCAUUUAUUUUAUUAUCCAUAAUCAGUUGUUUUGUAGUCCAAACCGGAAACAGGAGGUGCUUCAACACAGUCCACUCGGAUGCCAUCAAAUGAGACUAAAGAGAAUAAUAAUGAAGAGGUGCAUGAGCUGUAAGCUCACAUACUUAUGGUGCACGUUCAAGUUUUUGUAACAGAUUCACUUUCAGUGGUGCUAUGUUGGUUAAGCUAUGACAGAUUAUUGAAAUGAUACAUUGUACAUUUAGUUACAUCUCUCUCACUAAUGCAUGCAUUAGUCUCUCGCCACAUUAUGGCCUGUAUGGUAGUAUUAGGUUGUUAGCGGGUCCAAUGCCAGCCCUACUGUAGCAUAUUUCAAGAUGCAGUACCGAUCUCCAGCCAAGUGUAGGUUGUACUCUGCAACUUGACAGAUCCAAAUGAGAGGGCAUGAAAGUUGACUCUUUUUGAUCCAACCUCUGAUGACAUUGUCCAAGUUAGCCUUAAGCAAUUAAAUAAAUUCAUCAGCAGCAGUGUUUGCUCUAACUCGUAGUAGUUAUAUAUGAAUACACAUGAGAUGAUUAGAGAAAGGCAGAGUGGUUCCUUUACGGCAUGUUUUUUUUUUUUUUUUUUUUUUUUAACAAAAUGCUGAAAAAAACCCAGCAGGUAAUGUGUAAAACUAAAAUAUUAAAGCUGAAAAACGCACAAGAUCAUGAUCACUGGAAAGCUUAAAUUGAAGCUUAACCUCUCAAACUAGUUCAUAUUUUAGUUUGUGUGUAUAUCAACCAACACAUAUGUUAAAGGUUAUUGGGAGUUCUCAUCAGUGAGGAUGAAUCAUGAACAAAUGUCAGUGUGUUUCUUUGCCCAUGAAGAUCUGAGCCUGUGACCAAAGCGCUUGCACACAGCUGUGUGUAAUAAGUAGUAGGCUAAAGCUUAUAAAUGUGCUCAGUGGUGUUAGAAUAACGCCAAAUUAUAUUUCAGAUUUACCAACUGUUGAAAGUUCUGCUCGCCUUUGUUAAUUAUUUCAUAGGGGAGAACCUGGCCCUGUCAAGCUCACACCUACACCCUGAAAUUCAACACUGAAAACCUUCUCUCUGCAAAACCAUUAUCGUUUUUUCACUCGUUUAUCAGGCAGGAAACGAGACCUAUUUCUCACUGCAUUGCUGCAUUGUGAAUUAAUCAGAAUUUAACGGACAUUUCUUCCCAUUAAAGUCCCAAACGUUUUCCACUGCCCUGCACUUUGUUCUCAGAAAGCUUGAAUAUCGCAUGUUAAUCCCUUGUAUGUGUUAAGAGUGGCAGGAGUGAGUUUUGACCUUUGGGUUGCUUGUAUGUGCACUUUCAUAAUUCAGGAUUUUUAGCAUCCACACUGUCAAAGAAAUAGAUAUCUAUUUGAAAAACCCACACACAGCAUAUUAUCGUGCUCACUGUCACCUGCCGAUCAUGCUACUGCAUAGCAAUAGCAUACAACUCCUUACAGUGCCCCACCCCACUUGCAGGCACUAAUCACAGGCUAAUUUUACCAUGUUGGGAUAUAAAUUUACUGGGUACUAAAAGGGCCACUCUGUGUUGCCUCAUGGCUGCUGCUUGGCUGAAGGAGGCCUUUUUUUAUUAUUAUAUCCAACUGCUCUCUCUCCAUCUGGCCACAUCCCUAACAUCACUGGGCUGAUGUGGAGGUGACUGUGGUGUAGAAUGAACCAAAGCCUGUUUGUCCUACCCUCUACUCUCCACCUAACCCUGUUAGGGCGAUGUUAGGCUGAAGUUAACAUUAAGGAGCCAGGAGGAGGAGAGAUGGAGCUGGCUCACAGAGAGCCGUGGCUUCCUGUUGUGGCAACGGCUUGCUCACAGAGAGGGCGAUGGAUUCGUUGAAGUAAAAUAGCACUUUAAUUGCGUAUUUGUGUUCUACAGUGCAGUCUGCAAGUAUUAGGACAGUGACAUGUUUUUAUUUUUAUUUUUUUUAGUUGUGUUGGCUCUUUACUCCAGCAUAUUGGAUUUGAAAUGACAGUUGGCCUUAGUGACAACUUAGGGCUUUUAUUUGCAUCCAUAUUGGGUGAACAUGGUAGGAAUGUACCGCUUUUUGUACAAAGGCUCCCACUUUUAGAAACCUAAACUUAAACUUAAGUCAUCACGUUUAGUAUUUGGUUGAACAUCUUUUACAAUCAGUCACUGCUGACUUCUAUAUUAAACAUGAGCGGUCUGUCUAUGGUGAUGUUCUGCGAGGCCUGUAACUGCCGUCAUCUAUAUUCUUGCUUGUUUUGGUAAUUCUUUUGCCAGUCUGGUCUUAAGCAAGUAAAAGCACCCUCAGUCGUACUGAGGUCAGGUGACUUGGCCAGUCUAGAACAUUCUUUAUUGGUUUUCUUGUCUGAAUGUAAAGCAUCAUUGUUUGCCUGCUUGGACUAAACUUGGUGAAUUGCAUAUAAAAAAAAGAGCGGUUACACUUUACUUGAAGGUAUCUACAUAAGAGUGACAUGACACUGUCAUGAACGUGCCAUAAACAUUAUAAACAAGUCAUAAACGUUCAUGACACAACGCUUCUUUUAGUUAGUGUCAUUCGGUUUUUGUCAUGACAAGUUAGGGUUAGGGUUCAUGACAGUGUCAUGUCACUCUUAUGUAGAUACCUUCAAGUAAAGUGUUACCAAAAGAGCAAGGAUUCCCACUAAACAUCAAAUAUGGUUCUGAACACCCUAAAAGCUGAGAGUUGGCACUUUAACCUUUUUUAUAGUCGUAGUUUCAUUACCAAGAUGCUGCACUACAGAGCCAAAAAUGAAAAAUUCCCUACUGUCCAAAUAUUUCUGGACAGCACUGUUUUGUGUUUUAGCUCAAAAUGGCGAGACUUGUGCGAGUGUUAAGAAAAAGCCAGUGGUCCUGAAAUAUUUCACUGAUGUUCAGGCACUGUAAGCUGUGUCGAUGGAGUUGUAUUCUCCACCAUGCCGCAGACCCGGUGCAUGCGCGUGUGUUGUGUGGGAGUAUAUUUAGUGUAUGGACAGAGCCACACGGAGGGUUCCAGCGGAGGGGAUGCAGAGUUGACUGUGAGGGGUGAUGACAGUGACUCCUAUGAACGAUGCCGCUCUGCCCCUGUCCCCCGUCCCCCACCUCCACCCUUUUUCUCAGGCAGGCCCAUUGCGAUGAGAGUCCCAGGACCCUCUCAACCCAGUUUUCCCCAUGGGAAAUAUCUGACAUUAACCGUAGCACAUGUUUGCCAUAUAACCUGUAGAUUUAGGAGGGGGGCAAAACGUAUGUAUGAUGAAUGAUAGUUAUGUUAUAGGAGCCUGAUGAAAAGAUGUUUUAUUCUUCUGUGGUGCAUUAACUGUCUGGAACACAUACAUUUGCACACACUUACUGUCACACUUCUUCUGACACCUGCACUACCCCAGGUAUUGACACGCAUCCACACCCUCCCACCACCCCACCCUAAGCCAGGGAUGUGUAAACAUGGACCACAUUUAGCCAGCACCACCUUUCUGUGUCCCCCCCCCCCCCC